AUGAGCCAGUCGAGGCACGUGGGCAAGAUCCGGAAACGUCUGGAAGGUGUCAAGAGCCAGUGGGUCCGGCCAGCCAGGGUUGACUUCAGUGACAAUGAGAGUGCCCGGCUGGCCACAGAUGCCCUCUUGGAUGGCGGUCCCGAGGCCUACUGCAGGGUGCUCAGCCAGGAAGGCGAGGUGGACUUCUUGUCCUCAGUGGAGGCCCAGUACAUCCAGGCCCGGGCCAAGGAGCCCCCCUGUGCCCCUGAUCCUCCAGGAGGGACUGAGGCAGGCCCUAAGGGGCCCGACUCCUGCUCCCUGCAGUCAGGUACCUACUUCCCCGUGGCCUCGGAGGGCAGCGAGCCGGCCCUGCUGCACAACUGGGCCUCGGCCGAGAAGCCCUACCUGAAGGAGAAGUCCAGCGCCACCGUGUACUUCCAGACGGACAAACACAACAACAUCAGAGACCUCGUCCGCCGCUGCAUCACCCGGACCAGCCAGGUCCUGGCCAUCCUGAUGGAUGUGUUCACAGAUGUGGAGAUCUUCUGUGACAUUCUAGAGGCAGCUAACAAGCGCGGGGUGUUCGUCUGUGUGCUUCUGGACCAGGGAGGUGUGCAGCUCUUCCAGGAGAUGUGUGACAAAGUCCAGAUCUCUGACAGUCACCUCAAGAACAUUUCCAUCCGGAGCGUGGAAGGAGAGGUGUACUGUGCCAAAUCAGGCAGGAAAUUCGCUGGCCAAAUCCAAGAGAAGUUCAUCAUCUCAGACUGGAGAUUUGUCCUGUCUGGAUCAUACAGCUUCACCUGGCUCUGCGGACACGUCCACCGGAACAUCCUCUCCAAGUUCACGGGCCCGGCGGUGGAGCCAUUUGACGAGGAGUUCCGCCACCUCUAUGCCUCCUCCAAGCCUGUGAUGGGGCUGAAGUCCCCCCGGCUGGACACCCCCCUGCAGCCCAGAGCGGGCCACAGUCCCCCCGAUGGUCGCCUCAGUGGCAGCAGCUGCUCAGCCAGUGACCGCACAUCCUCCAACCCCUUCAGCAGCCCAUCGACCAGCAGCAACCCCCAGAACCAGAGUCUGUCCAUGUCCUCCGGGCCUGGCAGUCCUCUGGCCCCAAACCCACCUGCACCCCCCAGGUUUCAGCCCUAUCACAGCCCUUGGGGAGCCCUGGCUCCACAGGUCCCCUUCUCUCCCAGGCCUCACGAUGGCCCACCUGCUCUCUACAGCAACCUCAACACCUACCAGCCCACGCGGCUGCAGCUUGAGCAACUUGGCCUUGUGCCCAGGGUGAUCCACACCUGGAGGCCCUUUCUACAGGCCUCACCUCAUUUCUGAACGGUCCCUUUCCCCAGCUCCUUUCCCAGGGCCACGGCUGGGUAUUCUUGGAUUUUCUGGCCCAA